ACCCACGCUACAACAACUUGUACAUUCACAUCUACACUCAUAGAUACCAAAAUCCACCGUUAUUCACCCACCACUCACAAUCAGAACGUGUGUCCCCCUCUUCUAUCUGGAUUCUCUCACUCUUUACACCGCAACAGCCCCAUAUUCAUUCAUGUUCUGUAGCUGCUGCUGCAUCCUGCUUCUAUAUUACGCACUCUAACCACCACUUCAUCUCUAGAUCUGGAUACAAAAUCCUCACCGGAGAUGCUUCAGAAUCAACCGCCACCGGAGCUGAACCGUCCUGACGCAACCUCUGCUUUCUCGGAAGGUUCUGGUAAGUUCGAGAUAGAAGUUACUGGUGGCGAUGGUGGAGAUGAUGCUGUUGCGGUUGCUGGCGCUGGCGGUGGUGGAGUUUCUAACGGCACUGCUAAUUCUUCAGAUGGCAGGAGCAUACCUGGAUCACAUAAGUUACCUCCAGAAAUAACGAGUUCUCAUAAGUCAGAGUUAUCUUCUGGUCAACAUAAAUUGCGUAAAUUAGCAUCUGAUAUAUCGACUUCGGACAACUUAGACUCACCUUCUAGCCAACAUAAGCUGGAAAAAUCGAAAACUGAAAGGCCUAGACGCAACAACGUUCUUGCGGAAGAUGCAUCUCAAAUAUUUGAUCGAAAUAUGCCUGUUGACCAAAAGCUCAAAUUGUUAAACAGAAUUGCUACCGUAAAAAACGAUGGAACGGUAGAAUUCGAGAUGCCUGCAGAAGUUGAACCCAAUGCUUAUGAGUCUGGAAGUGUCAAAAUUCAAGAUGCAUGCAAUGAAGAUCUUGCUGACUCAGCAGAACCUCCAUGUAUUCAACCAUUACAAAUUGUAGUGCUUAUAGUUGGAACCCGUGGUGAUGUGCAGCCGUUUAUUGCCAUUGGAAAGCGUUUACAGGAAUACGGCCAUCGUGUUAGAUUAGCAACCCAUUCAAACUUCAAGGAGUUUGUGUUGACAGCUGGAUUGGAGUUUUAUCCCUUAGGUGGAGAUCCUAAAGUUCUUGCUGAAUACAUGGUUAAGAACAAAGGGUUCUUGCCCUCUGGUCCUUCAGAGAUCCCAGUUCAAAGGAGUCAAAUUAAAGACAUAAUCAAUUCGUUACUCCCGGCAUGCAAAGAACCCGAUCUCGAUACCGGAAUCCCAUUUAGAGCACAAGCGAUUAUCGCCAACCCCCCAGCAUAUGGACAUACCCAUGUUGCGGAGGCACUAAAAGUACCCAUUCAUAUAUUUUUUACAAUGCCUUGGACGCCAACUAGUGAAUUUCCUCAUCCCUUAUCCCGUGUUAAGCAACCAGCUGGAUAUAGACUGUCAUAUCAAAUUGUUGAUUCUUUAAUUUGGCUUGGAAUACGGGACAUGAUAAACGAUGUUAGGAAGAAAAAACUGAAGCUACGUCCAGUCACAUAUUUAAGUGGUUCACAUGGCUCGGAGUCUGAUAUUCCACAUGGAUAUAUAUGGAGUCCUCAUCUUGUUCCUAAGCCAAAAGAUUGGGGACCUAAGGUUGACGUGGUUGGAUUUUGUUUCCUUGAUCUCGCUUCAAACUACGAACCACCUGAAGAACUUGUGAGAUGGCUUAAAGCUGGCCCGAAGCCUAUCUACAUCGGGUUUGGUAGUCUUCCUGUUCAAGAACCCGAGAAAAUGACACAAAUAAUUGUUCAAGCUCUAGAAAUGACUGGACAAAGGGGAAUCAUCAACAAAGGCUGGGGUGGUCUUGGCAACUUGGCGGAGCCUAAGGAUUUUAUAUACGCAUUGGACAACAUCCCUCAUGACUGGCUUUUCUUACAAUGUGCAUCUGUGGUCCACCAUGGAGGUGCUGGAACAACAGCUGCCGGACUUAAAGCUGCGUGCCCGACCACAAUUGUACCGUUCUUUGGGGAUCAACCCUUUUGGGGAGAACGGGUUCAUGCCAGAGGUGUGGGUCCCCCGCCCAUACCGGUUGAUCAAUUUACGCUUCCCAAGUUAGUCGAUGCGAUUAAAUUCAUGUUAGAUCCCAAGGUGAAGGAACAAGCGGUGGAACUUGCAAAGGCAAUGGAGAAUGAGGACGGAGUGGAUGGAGCGGUGAAAGCUUUUUUACGACAUUUUCCCCGGGAAAAGUCCGAUUCAGACCCGCCACCCACAUCAUCGGGUUUAUUCUCAAUACGCAGGUGUUUUGGCUGUUCCUAGAUAUUGUUUUCAUGAUCACAUGUGUAUGUAAUCUUUCAUCAAGUAUCAUAUUUAUAUAGUAUCAUGUCUUGUUUUAGUCAUGGAUGGAUAUGCACGUUUUCUUGUAAUUUUUUCGGGUUAGGGUCAUUUUCGUCAUUUUAAAGUUUUGCGGCAAGAUUUUGGUUUAGGUUGUCAUUUUCGUCAUCUGUUUCUAAGUUGAGCAUCCUAAAUGUUAUUCUAUGUUUGAUAUUCUUAUGAUUACAUCAUUUGAUAUUUAAUAUUUGAAUUUCAAACAAA